GAGCCACACCUCGGGGGGCCCCCAGCAGGGUCCCCAAGGGGGCCCCCAGGAGGGCCCCCAGGGGGGGCCCCACGGGGGGACCCAAGGGGGCGAAGGGUACCAGACCGUGGCCCUCACUGCAGGCAGAGGCAGGGGCAAGUCUGCUGCUCUCGGGCUCGCUGUUGCUGCUGCUGUCUCUCUGGGAGUCAGCAGCAUUUUCAUCUGCGCCCCACAAGCAGAAAAUGUCCAAACCCUUUUCGAAUUCGUCCAAAAGGGCCUGAAGGCCAUGGGCCUGCGGGAGCAGGGGGACUUCCAAGUGACCCUGGAGACCGUGGGGACUGGGGGCCGGGGCCCCAAAGGCGCGGACUUGUCUGGAGCAGCAGCUUCGGGUUUAUAUCAGCAGCAGUCUGUGAAGGCGGUGACUCGAAUUGAGGUGUACAGACACCACAGACAGCGCGUACAGUUCAUUUUUCCCCACGAGCAGCAAAGCCUCAUCAACGCGGACCUUCUCGUGGUGGAUGAGGCGGCCUCCAUACCGCUGCCGGUCAUUAAAAGGCUUCUCGGCCCUUACAUUGUAUUGCUGUCUUCGACAGUAAAUGGAUAUGAAGGCACGGGGAGAUCUCUUUCUUUGAAGUUGUUGGCGGAUUUGCGGCGGGGGUUGAGGGGCCCCCCCGGGAGCCACGGUGUACGUACACCCCAGCGGCAGCUGAAGGAACUUUCUCUCGAAGUCCCCAUUCGCUACGCAGCAGGAGACGCAAUUGAACAGUGGCUGCAUUCUUUGCUUUGUUUGGACUCCACGACGGCUCCAGCUCUGGACCCUGCAGGGCCCCCCGGAGGGCCUUGA